UGUUGGUCACAGUGAGAGUGGUCGCCGCAUGGAUUUGGAAGUAGCCAAACAGCAGCGCACCUCCAUGCUGCACGCCGAUGCGGAGCCACGGGCGAAGAGCCGCUGGCACGACCGCCGGGUGCUAAUUGCAGUGCUGCUAACAUUACUGUUAAUUCUACUGCUUGGGCUAGGCCUCGGUCUUGGCCUCCGAUCAUGUCAUCUAGAAUCAGCUAAGUCCUGGACGUGUCAUCAGACUCGAUGUGGAGAGAAGCGCUUAAGGGACAGUUACUGUUCGUGCUCUGAUGACUGCAUCCAGAAAAAGGAUUGUUGCACUGACUACCAUAGUGUUUGUAAAGGUGAGAAAAGAUGGGUUCAGGAAGAUUGUGAAGAUGUUGCCACACCCCAGUGUCCAGCAGGGUUUACUCAGCCUCCUGUCAUCUUGUUUUCAAUGGAUGGGUUUCGAGCAGACUAUCUUCAGAAGUGGAAGAGUCAUGUGCCUGUUUUGAACAAACUUCGAACUUGUGGUGUGCGAACUCCAUACCUGAUACCAGCAUAUCCAACCAAAACCUUUCCAAACCACUAUUCAAUUGUCACAGGGCUGUACCCGGAAUCUCAUGGUGUGAUUGACAAUAGUAUGUAUGAUGUGGAUAUGGACGCUACUUACAACAUUCGAGACGAGGAAAAGAACAAUCCCCUGUGGUACAAAGGUCAACCUUUGUGGCUGACAGCAAUGUAUCAGGGUCUGAAGACAGGAACCUUCUUCUGGGUUGGUUCUGAAUCCAAGAUAAAUGGAUCAUACCCAAACUUUUAUAAACUAUUUGACAGCAAAAUUCAAUUUGAAGAAAGAGUUUCCACAAUCCUUAAGUGGCUGGAUUUACCAAAGGAAGACAGGCCUGAUUUUUAUGCAAUCUAUUUGGAGGAACCUGAUAGUUCAGGACAUAAAGGUGGACCUGACAGCAAGAGAGUGGCAGAUGCACUGGAGAGAGUGGAUGCAGUGGUGGGAAUGCUGAUGGAUGGGCUGAAACAAAGAAACCUGCUGCAGUGUGUCAACCUUAUUAUGAUAUCUGACCACGGAAUGGAAGAAGUCAAUUGUUCAAAAGUUGCAUAUAUGGAGAAGUACUUGGACAACGUAGAUGACAUUUAUAUAAGGUCUGGCCCAGCACCUCGGAUAAGGAGCAAAUCUGUUCCAGAGGAUUAUUUCAAAUUUGAUUCAGAAGGUGUCGUUGAAAAGCUUACUUGCAGGUCAACAGAUCAGCACUUCAUACCCUACCUGAAGCAUCACUUGCCGAAGCGUUUCCACUAUGCCAGCAGCAGAAGAAUCGAAGAUGUCAACUUGUACAUGGACCCCCAGUGGCAGGCUGGUCUGAAACCUCCAUUUAAAUAUUGCACAGGUGGAUUUCAUGGCUCUGAUAACCAGUACAAGAAUAUGCAGACCAUUUUUAUUGGCCAUGGACCUGGAUUUAAGGCCAGGACUGAAGUUCAACCCUUUUCAAAUAUUGAAGUGUACAAUCUGAUGUGUGAUUUGUUGAACAUCACUCCUGCACCCAACAAUGGAACUCGUGGAAGUUUAAAUCAUCUUUUAAAGAAACCUCUGUAUACCCCAACCCACGUAAAGGAAGCAUCUUCAGUGUCUGCGUGUUUAUCAUCUGGUUUAAUACCAACUGCCAAUCCACAAGUGAAAUGUUCAUGCAGUUCUCUGCGAUCAUUGCCAGAAAAUGCUUGUGACGAAUUGCGUCUCCCCGUCAAUGAAGUUCAGGCUGCAAAUUUGAAGCAUUUGCCCUAUGGACGACCAAGAGUGGUGCAGGAAAACUGUAAUUGGUGUCUCCUGCAUCAACACUCGUAUGUAAGUGGAUACCGCCAUAACAUUCAAAUGCCGAUGUGGAAUGCAUACACUGUCCUCAAAACUGACAAUCUGAGUUUGCCUCUAUCUGACAUUCCAAACUGUGUGCUUGCUGAUGUUCGAAUUCCUUUGACCAUAAAUCUUAGUUCAUCCGCUACUGGAGAGCGCAAUGAAACGUAUGGCUUGCUUUACCCACCCAAUUUGGUGUCCAAUCAAUAUCAGUUUGAAGGUCUAUUUACAAGCAACCUUGUACCCAUGCACAAAGCCUUCCAAAAGAUAUGGGAUUACUUCCAAAAUGUUUUGUUGGUGAAGUAUGCACAACGAAGAAAUGGUAUCAAUGUGAUCAGCGGACCAGUGUUUGAUUUUGAUUUCAACGGACGAUUUGAUACCCCCGAUAUUAUUGCAGAGAAUACCAAGGAUGUGUGCAGCCUGAUCCCAACUCACUACUUCAUAGUCCUUACCAACUGCAAGAACAGAACGCAAAGCCCUCUGCAGUGCAAGGACUCACUGGAGGCACUGGCUUUCAUUCUGCCUCAUAGACCUGACAACAGUGAAAGUUGUGCAGAUGGCAAAAAUGAAUCCCAGUGGGUUGAAGAGCGAAUCUGGGCUCACAGAGCCCGAGUGCGGGAUGUGGAGCUGAUCACUGGACUUGAUUUUUAUCAGGAAAGAACGCAGCCGGUCACAGAGAUAUUACAGUUGAAAACAUAUCUACCAGAAAUUGAAGAUCAAAUGUGAUUUUUAAGUGCCUUGUUCAUAGUAUUAGUGUUUUUCUAACAUUUUGUUCAUGCAGAAAUGGAAUUGGAUAUGCAAUGCACGUAAGGAAGCCUUUUUUAAAUAGGGACUGGUGGCACCUGAGGACGCUAGAGUGCAGAAAAGACAAUGGAAGUGUAAAUGCAAUGGAACAAUUCUCCGCAUUUGUUACAUAUUUGAUGCAUUUUUAAAUUUCAGAUGGUUUUUGGAAAGUGAAGUUAUGUUAUUGCCUGGCAAGUUUAUUUUAAAAAGAACACAAUUUGUACAGGAAGAAUGAGAUUAAAAUUCCAGUGGAAAAAUUGGAUUGAGAUUUACCACGUGCUGGCAUUUGACGUAAAGAUUUCAACCUGUAUAUCUAAUACUAUUUGGAAGAUCUAAACAAGCUGACAUAAAAUUUAAUGCAUUGUUUUAUGUAACCAGAUCUAUAAAAGGGAAUAAUUUGUACAUUUGCACUUUUAGAAACAAUAUUACCAAACAUUUUGUUAUAACUGCAACUUUCACAACCACAAGAUUUGAUAUUAACAUUUCUAAGGAGCAAAUUGGUGGAGCAGACUCAAUGGGCCGAAUGGCCAACUUCUGCUCCUUUGUCUUAUGGUCUUAUGUUACAUUUUAACUUCCAGGUUAGUUGAUACUCAGUUGUCUACUUUAGUGUUGUCCUGAUUAUUUUCAGUCAUCUUUUUAUGCGGCGCUUUCUUUCUGAAGAAUUGUGAACAGGACUGGUGUUUGAACCGCAGUGGGGUGGGGGAUAAUUGAGGGAGGGGAAUGCAGUGGACAUUCACCUGGAGAGUUAUCAUUGGAGGGGAUAGUGUACUCAGAAUUUUGAAAAAUGAGAGAUGAUCUCACGGAGACAUACAAAAUUCUCACAGUACAACUGUACUGGUCCUUUCAUUUGAAGAAUUUGCUAGUAUUGUAUUGAGCAAAGACCAAUAAGAUGAAUUGUUUUGAGCUACACAAGCUUUUUGUUAUAAAACUGUGUUGGAGAUCUCAGUAUCUCUUUGUCAAACGUAGUAAACAUGACUGUGAAUUUCAUAAGAUCAGCUUCCGUUAAUGUAGGAUUAACAAUUGAGUUUUUUCUACACUUCCAGCCUGAAGAAAAUCAUGGUUAUUUUACUUUCUUCAUUCAUAGAUUUUUAAAUCAAGUUUGAGAAAGGAUGUAAUUGUUUUUCUUAUGCUAAUCAAUAUAGAAAUUUUAUAAUGUCUGUGAUUUAAAUGUGACAGGAUUAACCUUAAUACUUGAGCAUCUAAUUUUUAUAAUAUUGUAUUAUCUAGUUGUACAACUAUAAUUCUGGUAAACAAAUAUUCAGUCUUUAUUCGUCUAUUCUAAUUGGUUGGGCCAUCGCAGAUCCUGCGUUGUGUUUACUUUUAUUGCCUGCUUAUUCUGCUGUACACUUGAUAGAUGCAUUUCAGUCAUUUAAUUUUGGUAUACAUUUCAUUGUUUGAAGAAAUUCUGCGCUAAGAUCAAGUUGAAGACUAAAUGAUUCAUUGCUGUGAAAGCAAUGAAGUAGAAUUUUCAUUUCUGUUAAAUAAUGUAAACCCAACCUAAAUUACAUGGCUGAGGUUCCAGGAAUGAGAUAAAGAUCUCCCUUGAACUGGCAUAUUUGAGCUGUGUCU